AUGAUCCAACUUUUAGAAGCAAUUGAGGAAAGAGAGCCACCAAAAGGGAAAACAGCUGGAAACGUUAGUAGACUUCCUAAAAGAUCCACAAGAGCUGCACAUUCAAUCGUUGACAUCACUGAUAGGGAACUGUUUAGCAAACGUGGCCUUAUCGACAUUGGAACAAAGAAGAAGGCCCCCAUUAUAAAAAAAGAACGUAAGCGCGCUUUGAAAAGGAGAAACGAAAUGGUGCAGAGUUCAUCCAGGGUCAAGAAUACAAAAAGGAAAAAGGUUGCAGCUGCGACUACAGCCAAUAUUCCAACUCCAAAUGAGGGUCCACUUAAUGAAGAGCAUGGAAAUGCCUCCCAACAAGCUAAUGUGUUUCCACCAAAAAUGGGAGACAGAUUGGACACAACAAGGCAAUUUCAGGAGGUUGCUGCUGCCACUACAGCCAAUGUUCCAACUCCAAAUGAGGGUCCACUUAAUGAGGAGCAUGGAAAUGCCUCCCAACAAGCUAAUGUGUUUCAAACAAAAAAGGGGGACAGAUUGCCCACAACAAGCCAAUUUGACGAGCUUAUAAAGAUAUCUCGCGAAUUACUUGCGAGAGUAGUUUCUAUUGAUGAGAACAAAAAAACCAAGACAACACCCCACCACAGCGGAAAAGGGAGUCAUGAGGCCGGGCAGCCCUAUGUAGUAGAGGAUCCUUCUAUAGAUCUGCAAUUUGCAGAUCGGGAUAUUUACGGGAAUCAGAUGAUGGUGGAUAAAGAUGCUGUACAGCCGGACGAUUUCGAAAGCUCCGUGCCUGAGCCCCAAGAUAGGGAGAAAGGAACUUGCACAUCAGCACAAACCCAAGAGUGCAAAAGAAAAGCUCAAAAGAAGCCUCCAACAACCGUUUCCGCAAUAUUGGAUUCAAGUAAUGUACUGGCAAAUCAUGUUGUAGAGUUUGAGUUAUUAACGAACCAGGAUAUUGCACGGUUCGAGACUACAGAGUCCAGCAGAGUAAGCCGUCGGCAACAACUACAGUAUGGAGUUAGCGAGGGUCCUUAUCCGCUACGCGUAGCAUGGCCUCAAACAAUUUCAGCCUUUGAGGCCUGGUACACAAAUGCCGCCAAAACACCACAGUCGAAGCCAUUGAAGGGUAUGCCGUAUGUUGGAGACCGUCAUGCAAGUUGGUUUGAAGAAUUGUGGAAAGCCCGUGGAUGGCUUAGUAGUGAUCAUAUCGAUUGUUUGGUGCAUCUAAAUAUCGCGGCAUUUAAGAGGAACCCUACAGCCUUUCUCACAAAGUGGACCGUGGUGGAGCAGAUUGGCUGGAAUGCCCUUUGUGCCGUGACGGAAGAUGUAUUGCGCAGUCAACUGAAACCUUACAUUGAAGGGAGGGCACCUUAUCAGCUUGCAACUCCUUGGUGGGAGGCGGAGAAGGUUGUGGGACUAGCACAGCUACAAAAGGAACAUUGGGUGUGCUACGAGAUCAACAUUGACGAGCAAUGCGUAAUCAUCUAUGAUUCACUUUCAUCUUCAAGGGAUCCACUUCUUGUCCGCAAACCAUUUGCCCGAGUGUUGAUCAAUCUAGCAUGGAUGUGUCAGGAGUGCAAAUUGUGGGAGCGAAGAUUCAAGAAGAAAAGCUUGCAUCAAGUCUGGGAAUUGAAAAUUGAGAACCACCUGCCUCAACAAGGAAACACAACCAACAGCGGAAUCAUGGCCUUGAAGUACUUUGAGUGCUUGAUAACCAACACCCCAAUGUCAGUACUCCACGAGGAUCACGGCGAAGAAUUUCGACGUUCUUAUUGCGCACAACUAUUCGAUCACUGCAGGCAAGAUCUUCUAGGGUAGAUAUCUGGGGUGAUGAUGAAUAUCCAGUUUUCUUACUAAAUCAACUAUCAAAUGCUUUUGUUUGCAACAUUGAACUUCGGGACUAAUUUAGGAAGCUUCAUUUCCAAAC